AUGACUGAGGAAGAAAAGAAGAAAACUGAAUUGACACCUCAACAAAUAAAAGAGGCAAAAGAUGCAUUCGAUAUCUUCGAUCGUAACUCUGACGGUAAAAUUAGCGAAAAUGAACUCGCAACAGUCAUGAGGUCUCUCGGUCAAAAUCCAUCACAGAAAGAAGUUAAAGAAUUAAUGUCCACUCUCGAUUUAGAUAACAGUGGAGAAAUAUCAUUCGAAGAAUUUUGCAGACUUUGGUGUGCUCAACUCGAUGAAGUUGAAACAGAAGAUGAUAUUGUUGAUGCUUUUAGAGUUUUUGAUAAAGAUAGUCAUGGAAAGAUACAAGCUACUGAAUUAAUAUCAGUACUUAAAGGUUUAGGCGAUCCUAUGACUCAAGAAGAUAUAGAUGAUAUGAUAGCACAAGCUCAUCCUGAUAAGGAUGGCCUAAUAGAUUACGCAGAAUUUGUUCAUCGUAUAAUGAACUCUUAA